UGAUUUAUCUCAGUAGUCCUCCCUCCAUUUAUCAUUCUGAUUCUGUCUUUUCAUUUCUACAGGGCAGCUACAUAAUUCCCAAUGGAGAACAACACAGAGGUGACUGAAUUCAUUCUUGUGGGGUUAACUGAUGACCCAGAACUGCAGAUCCCACUCUUCAUAGUCUUCCUUUUCAUCUACCUCAUCACUCUGGUUGGGAACCUGGGGAUGAUUGAGUUGAUUCUAUUGGACUCCUGUCUCCACACCCCCAUGUACUUCUUCCUCAGUAACCUCUCCCUGGUGGACUUUGGUUAUUCCUCAGGUGUCACUCCCAAGGUGAUGGUGGGGUUCCUCACAGGAGACAAAUUCAUAUUAUACAAUGCUUGUGCCACAAAAUUCUUCUUUGUAGCCUUUAUCACUGCAGAAAGUUUCCUCCUGGCAUCAAUGGCCUAUGACCGCUAUGCAGCAUUGUGUAAACCCCUGCAUUACACCACCACCAUGACAACAAAUGUAUGUGCUUGCCUGGCCAUAGGCUCCUACGUCUGUGGUUUCCUGAAUGCAUCCAUUCAUACUAGGAACACUUUCAGGCUCUCCUUCUGUAGAUCCAAUGUAGUUGAACACUUUUUCUGUGAUGCUUCUCCUCUCUUGGCUCUCUCAUGUUCAAACAACUACAUCAGUGAGAUGGUUAUUUUUUUUGUGGUGGGAUUCAAUGACCUCUUUUCUAUGCUGGUAAUCUUGAUCUCCUACUUAUUUAUAUUUAUCACCAUCCUGAAGAUGCACUCAUCUGAAGGAUGCCAGAAGGCCUUUUCCACUUGUGCUUCCCACCUUACUGCAGUUUCCAUCUUUUAUGGGACAGGCAUUUUUAUGUACUUACGACCUAGCUCCAGCCAUUUCAUGGGCACUGACAAAAUGGCAUCUGUGUUCUAUGCCAUAGUCAUUCCCAUGUCGAAUCCACUGGCCUACAGCCUGAGGAACAAAGAGGUUAAGAGUGCCUUUAAAAAGACUGUAGCGAAGGCAAAGGCCUCUAUAGGAUUCAUAUUUUAA